GAAUAUAUGAUCAAACAAGCUAAAUUUUAUAAUAGUUUUUUGAUGAAAAAUAUUAGCUGCAUAGUUAGUCCCCAGUAUCAAUCAAGAUGAGAUAUGUAGAAACUCACCAGCCUUGGUUGUUUUUUCUUCUUUGCAAAGCAAUCUUUUAGCUGCCUGUAAAUUAUCAACACUCAUCUUAUUCCAUCCUUGAGCUGCUGUUACUGUCACCUCACUCACCACACUACCAUCUUCUCUUCUCUUCUCCCCACUCACUUCAUUACUAUAAAUGAAAGCUUCAAUGAGUGUGUCAUCAUCCAACUUCGCCUUCCUCCAAUACCUCAUUAAGUCGAAGCAACAAGAUGACUCAGCUACUCAUCCAGUUCCCAGUUUCCUUCAUCUUCCUCUUUUGCUGCACCCUUGCUGCUGCACAGUCCCCCGCAGCAGCCCCUGCACAAUCCGUUCCGGCUACUGUAGCAGCUAGCCCUGCGCCGACUGGGCCACCUAGUGUGAUCUCCAUCCUCAAGAAGGAUGGAAGGUUUGGUCUGUUUAUAAAACUGCUGCAGACCACCAAAGUUGCAGAUAACCUUGAGUCGCAGCUUCUUGAUUCGAGUAAUGGCCUCACAGUUUUCGCCCCAACAGACAGUGCCUUCUCCAACCUUAAAACUGGCACUCUCAACUCCUUCACUGACGAGCAGAAGAAGGAGCUGGUGAAGUUUCAUGUCCUGACCAGCCAUAUAUCCCCAUUGCAGUUCCAGACAGCCAGCAAUCCUCUGCGCACACAAGCCGGGGGCAGCACAGAACUGCUGGCAAUGAACGUGACUGCAUUCGGAAGUGUUGUGAAUAUUACAACUGGAGAGACAAACACAAGUGUGUCCAACACAAUAUUUGAUGACAACCAGCUAGCUGUGUAUCAGGUGGAUAAAGUGCUGCUUCCGAUGAGAUUUUAUGUACCUCUGCCACCACCGCCUCCUCCACCACCUUCGCCAAAGAAACUUUCUCCCAAGGCUUCGCCGGUAUAUGUUGCACCAGUGGAUUCUUCGACUGAAAAAUGCCUAUCCAAAAUUGCGAUAUAUGCAACGGCCUGUUUCAUGUUAGUACUGGCAGCAUUUCCAUGAUGAGUGCAAGAACAGAUGCUGUUGGGAUAUCUAUUAUUAGAACGUGUUUCUUGUAUUCUGGAUUGCUGUGAUUUCCAAGAGUUGUUGUAUGUUACAUUAAGAGUGAUUUAUUUGCAACACAUUGUGCCUCUGUAUAUUUUGCAUAUGUGACAAUAUAACAUAUGAAUUGCAAAAACAA